AUGCAGCCCGACAAAGCGAGCUUGGCUGAGUUUCUCAGCUUCGCUCCCGGUGCGGACGACAAGACGGCCUCCAUGUUUCUUGAAAACGCGAAUACCAUCAAUGAGGCUGUGGACCAGUACUAUGAGAAUCCAGAGAAACACGCCCACAGCGAAAAGAACCACUACGAAAAGGACCACUCCGAAAAGAACCACUCCGAAAACAACCACUCCGAAAAGAACCACUCCGAAAAGAACCACUCCGAAAAGUCGGAGAAGCGAGCUCCCGUGCAGGCUCCCGUGCAGCCGCCUUUGCAAAGGCCGUUGCCUCCAAAAGCCAGGAGCGCAACUCGAUUUCACACAAAUGCCGUCAUUAGAGCAGGGGAGGUCCGCGCUCACGACGAGCAAGAGAUGCAGAACCUGCUACAGACCGUCCAAAUGAGGUACCGCAUCUACAACCCGGAGAUUGAACCCGAGCACGAAACAGACUACUACUGUAACUGCGACAUCCACCAAUACAAACGAAGGAAAUGGCAGCGCCUGCCCGUCCAGCAAAUGUGGUCCAAGGCCGUCAUGUACCCGGGCGAAAGCUCCUAUCACGACUGCUACCAGCAAUCCCUCUUUUCUAGCAACCCGUACACGUAUAGUAUCGUUUCCCCCUAUGGAUAUAGGAUGGGUAAUACCUUUUGGACGAUCCAGCAACCCAAACCAGGCUACCAUGCCCGAAUGGUACACCAGACCAUCGCAAUGAAUGCGUCGCUCAACUCACAAGCACAAGCCGCGAUCAACGCCCAGGAACCAAAAAGCAGUAUCUGGGCGACGGACGAGCUGGAGGCUCAAAUGUCCAAGCUGGCCAUCGCCGGUCCUCCCACCGAUGAGAAGAGAAGGUUUUCUCUGAAACGGGCUUUUUCGAUCAAAUCGCCAGAAGAAAAGGCAUUGAUCAAAACGAAGAAACAGAUGAAACACGCCAUCGUUUUGCAGAGCGAGAUUGUCAGCGAGGAACAGUCCAGAUGGCCGGAUCCGCUGGAUCGACAGAUCGUGCUCAACUACCAGGACAAGAUCGGCAUGACUGCAAAGAUCGCGGACCUGCGCAAUCGCUGCCCGAUCCAAUAUCUCCACCUCCUGCGAGCGGGCUAUUUCGAGCCCAUUCCCGUGGCGUGGGCCGAUUUGGCCUCCAACCCAUUGAAGUUCAGCAUCGAGGCGGCGUCGGGGUGGAGAGGGAUCACGCCUGCGUGGAGAGGGUUCGAAGAUACCGCCGAGGAACGGCUCUAUUGGGUCAUGAAUCACCGGGAUGGUGUUGGUGGACCACGAUUGAAACCAGACAUGAUCUCCGCGCUGGACAUGGCUCGUGCCAGAAUGGCCUCUGCCGUGGAACCACCACCAGGGUAUUACUCUGCCGAUGAUACUUGCCAUGUUCAGCAUACCUCGGCGGGAUACUCGAAGCAGGUCAUGCCCCCGCCGUUUCGAGCGUUUGAUGCUCCCGAGACUCCUAACGACGACACCAUGAUCCUACUAGAUGUCUCUGGCUCUAUGGGCUUUGAUCCCGUUCGACCAAACUAUAACCAGUAUCUCAUCACGGGCUAUUCUCGAUCAACCCAGCCAAAGAACAAAGACGUAGCAAAGGCCGUCGUCCGUCGAUUCACCGACGCCAUGGCCAACCACGACCACAACUUCAAGGGCUACGAGCUCACCACAUUCUCCACACACGCCCAUCACGUCGGCACAAUCAAUCACUACAACUUGGAUCAAAUGUGGCGCAACAUCCGAUUUGGCGGCGGCACACGCGUGAUGACAGGGUGGCAGAAGAUCAAGGAGCUUCACUUCCAAAAACACUCCGAGUCCGCGACCUACCACCCCAUUUUCGGGUGGCAAGCUGGCCCGCAAACGCCGAUUCUGCGGCUCCUGCUCUUACUAGACGGCGAAGCCACGGACAUGGAUGAGUUCGAGCUCGAUCUGUUGAGUCUUAGCUGGGUGCACGUUACGAUUUUCCUGAUCGGUGUUGAUGGGUGCCCGCACCACCAUCGCCAUGCUAAUGAGCUGCAGCGCAUUAGCGAUGUCAAUCCGCAUGUCUCGUUUGUGGAUGCACAGGGUAAUGCCCCCGAGCGAUUCGUCACGCAUGAACUGCUCAAGCGGCAUCUCGGGUACGAGCUGUCCAUGACGGAGUUUGAGGAGUUGGAGACGCCGCCUCCGUAUACUGCGACGGCGUAA